AGUAUCCAUGUCACUCCCCCUUCCUAUUCAAGAUAUUCCCCAUUUUCACAGAGAUCCAGACAAUUACAGAGAGAAUCAAAUUAUUUCAUGAAGUUUUCAAACUAACUCGAGUCACGUUCAGCAUAUGCCUCAAGAGCACAGGGCCAGGACUUCUAGAAGCCCGAAACACAUCUGUGACAACAGCACAGCUGUAUUUGAGCUAUUUGAGUGUGUGUCUUGUGAGCGAGCAAUUCAGGCCGGUCUGACUGGAGCUCCUCAGGAUCUGACUCCAGCUCUUUGACUCGGCCAUAGACAUGCACUGAGACCAGACCUGCUCCAACUUGGAUGGCUCAGAUACUACAGAGGCUGCAGAGAAAAUCAGCUCCACCACAGUUGGAUGUUUUGCUUUGAGGCUUUGCUGGGAACUGCCAUUGACUUGUGCAAGGUUGCAUUUACCUGGAAUAAUGUCUAUGGACUGGCGUGGAGGUGAAAGGCUGCUUAUAGGCUUGUUUGUGAUGCUUCUCCUGAGGCUCAGCUGCUGUGCUGGACAGAGCUAUGAACGCUGGGAGGCUGGGUCCUCAUGCUAUGGAGGGUUUGACCUUUACUUUGUGCUGGACAAGUCUGGAAGUGUACAGCACCACUGGAAUGAGAUCUACUAUUUUGUCGAUCAUCUUGCACACAAGUUCAUCAGCCCCCAGCUCCGUAUUUCUUUUAUUGUUUUUUCAACUGAUGCUUCCAUUUUGAUGGGACUGACCGAAAAAAGGGAUCAGAUUCGUGCUGGACUGGAGGAACUUCAGCGAGUCUUACCAGGUGGAGAUACUUUCAUGCACAAAGGUUUUCAGAGGGCAAGCGAGCAAAUAUACUACGGAACAGGUGACGGAUACCGCACUGCGAGUGUCAUCAUUGCUCUGACAGAUGGAGAAUUGCGCGAGAAUGAAUUUGACUUGGCAGCCAGAGAGGCUGAUCGCUCACGUCAGCUGGGAGCUUCGGUGUAUUGUGUUGGAGUGAAAGACUUUAAUGAAACCCAGCUGGCAACAAUAGCUGACAGCAAAGAUCACGUCUUUCCUGUUAAUGAUGGUUUUGAAGCCCUGCAAGGGGUCAUUGAUUCGAUCUUGAAAAGAUCCUGCAUAGAAAUCCUUGCCGUGGAGCCCUCAAGUAUUUGCACAGGAGAAUCCUUUGAGGUGGUAGUUCAAGGUAACGGAUUCCUUCACGCCCGCGAUGUGAACAGAAUCCUUUGCAGCUUCCGUAUCAACAACACCCUCACCGUGAUGAAGAGGCCUCUGGUAGUCGAAGACACGUACCUGCUCUGCCCAGCGCCUGUACUGAAGGAGGAGGGAACGACUGCCUCUCUCCAUGUCAGUAUGAACAACGGCCUGAGUUUUAUCUCCAGUUCUGUGACCAUCACGACUGUCAGCUGUGUGAGUACAGUAACCCUGCAGGGCAGCAGUGCCAAGCCCACUACCACUGUUACACUGGGCAGAGCCACUGCCAGUACCACUACACUGGGCAGUACCUGUAGUUCAGCUCCAUCUUCAGUCUGCCCUCUGAACACAACCGACGGAACAUUCUUGGCCAUAGCACUGCUGAUACUGCUGCUGCUGAUCGCAAUGGCGACACUCUGGUGGUUUUGGCCCCUCUGUUGCACAGUGAUUGUCCAUGAGCCGCCACCACCAGUCAUGUAUGACAGUUCGGAUGACGAUGACGAAGCCUACCCAAAGAAGAAAUGGCCGACAGUGGAUGCAUCGUAUUACGGUGGGAGAGGAGUUGGUGGCAUUAAAAGGAUGGAAGUGCGCUGGGGAGAUAAGGGAUCCACUGAAGAAGGAGCCAAACUGGAGAAGGCAAAGAAUGCUCGGGUGAAGAUGCCAGAGCAAGAGUUUGAGUUUCCGACAACAAGGACCCUAAACAAUGGCAUGCGGAAGCCCAUCUCCCCUCAGAAGUGGUACUCACCAAUCAAGGGAAAACUGGAUGCCUUGUGGGUGUGGCUUAGGAGAGGAUACGACCGCGUAUCUGUCAUGAGACCUCAGCCGGGAGAGAAGGGCCGCUGUAUGAAAUUUACCCGUGUGAAAUCCUGCCCGCCCCCUCGAUACCCGCUUUACAACAACCCCUCGAGCCAUAUCUACAGCCUCCCCCAUAGUAGAUGCCCUCCUGUCCCGCAGGGCACCCUGCCGCCCACUCCGCGCUGCUCCGCCCACUCUCCGACCUCCACCUUGCCCCCUUUGCCAUCAACUCCGCCCCCAGCAUCCAUAACCCCUCCCCCUUACACACCAUCUCCAAGCAGAGCUCUUCCUGCUACCUGUCUGAACAUCAAUGUGACUCUGCCUCCAUCUCCACCCACGCCGCCGCCGCCACCACCACCACCACCAAGCUUCCUACCUCCCUCGUCACCCAGCACCUUGCCUCCACCCCCUCAGGCAGCUCCGCCUGGACGAGCCCCGCCCCCUUCUCGUCCGCCACCACGCCCAGGCCCUGAGGAACCGCAGUUCUACCAGGACUGAGUAGAUCUAAGGGAUUUGCACAAAAAAAAAAAAAAAAAAAACUGCUGGUUAUGCCAGUGCAGAAAUUCAGUGCUACAUUUUCCAGGCAUUAGAAAGGAGCAACAUGAUUAAUGGCUUUAAAUGGGAUUUAAUGGAUUUAACUUGAAUCUGAUUGGUUGACAAAUAUUCUAUGAUGUUAAUUGUCUAAAACUGCACGUCUAUGAAGGUUUGUUGACUUUAAAUAUCACCUUGCCAUGUUCUUUUGAAAUGUUUUGAGGUUUCAAAUCAACAGAGCAUCAAAGAGAGUCAGAGCAAAAGAACCAGACAGAGAUAAAAAUGAUAAACAUUUGGAUUUUUUAAAUAUUUAAAAUUAAAAUGUACAGUGCCUUGCGAAAGUAUUCAUAUCCCUUCUUUUUUUUCACGUUUUAUGUUGCAGCCUUAUGUUUAACUGCUUUAAAAUGACUUUUUUCCCACAUCAAUUUAUACGCCAUACACCGUUAUGACAAAGCAAAAACUGAUUUGUUAAAACUUCACCAAUUUAUUAAAACUAAAACACUGAAUUAAGAACAUUCCAUAAGUAUUCAUACCCCAAAUUCAGUACUAAAUUAAAGCACCUUUACAGCCUCAAGUCUUUUUGGGUAUGGCACGAUAAGCUUUGCACAUCUGCCUUUGGCAAUUAUCUGCCAAUCUUCACUUCACCUCUCAAGUUCUGUUAGCUUGGAUGGGGGCUGGCAGACAUUUUCAGGUUUCUCCAGAAAUGUUUGAUUGGGUUUAAGUCCAGGCUGUGGCUAGGCCACUCAAGGACAUUCACAGAGUUGUCUAAAAGCCACUCUUGCUGUGUGCUUUGGGUUGUUUCCUGUUGGAAGGUGAAACUGCUGCCCAGUCUGAGGUUCUGAGUGCUCUGGACUGGGCUUUUAUUAAAGCUAUCUCAAUAUUUUGGUGCAUUAAGCUUUUCUUCUAUUCUGACAAACCCUCAGUUCCUGCUGCUGAAAAAGCCCCACAGUAUGCUACCAGCACACUUUAUUUUUGGGAUGGUGCUCUGCAGGUGAUGAGCCCUUCUCCCAUAAUUGCUCAGUUUGGCGAGGAGGCCAGUUCUAGGAAGAGUCCUUUUUGUUUCAAGCAUCUUUCAUUAUGGAUAAUGGAGGCUACAUGCUUCUGUGAACUUUCAAUGCUUUCAAUGCUUCUGUGAACUUCUUUUUCUAAACUCUUCCCCAAAACUGUACCUUGACACAAGCCUGUUUCUGAGCUGUACAGGCAGUUAUUUUGACCUCAGGGCUUGGUUUUUGCUCUGAUAUGCAUUUUCAGCUGUUAUACCUUUUCUGAGAGGUGUGUGCCUUUCCAGAUCACACUCAUUCAAAUUAAUUUGCCACAGUUUAACUCCACUCGAAGUGUACAAGCGAUAUGAAUGCUCCUAAAUUUCAAGUGUCCCAGAUAAGGGUGUGAAUACUUAUGCAAUGGAAUUAUUUCAGUUUUUUAUUUCUAAUAAAUUUGCAAAGUUGUUACAAACCUGUUUUUUGCUUUGUCAUAAUAGAGUAUGGAGUGUAGACUGAUGUGGGAAAAAAAAAAAAAAAAAAAAAAAA